GGGACAAGUGCUUUUCAGCUGGCAGUUCAUAGCAGCUCCUGCUCCUUCUCAACUCUCAUUGUGUGGAAACUCAGAAGAUGCUUUUCUGAGCUCUUGGUUUUCUCAACAUUGAGACCAUGGUUCUUAUGAUGAGUGGAAGGAGAGGAUGAAUGAAUGUGAUCUGCUAGGCCAGAGAGUAUAGCCCUGCUAUGUUUAUCAUCUGAUUAAACCUACAGUCAGCUGACAUCUACCACAGGCCAUUGGAUGAAGUUAAAAUGGCCUCCCACAAGCAAAGCUUUCAAUGCUUUGACACCAUCAUGGACGACCCAUCUCUCAAGCCCCCUUUCCCCCAUGGGCACUGCUCCUCAGCGUCCUUCAGAGGCUCAUCCGGCUCAACAAGACUGGAGCCGCUGGAGGAUCGUGGAUGCUAUCUGUGUGCCGAUCACCAGCAGGCCAAGGCGGUGGCCUCAGAGGCCUCAGGAGCUUACUCAAACCCAUGGUAUCAUUUCCAGACACAUCCACACUCUCAGCAGUAUACAAUCAGGAGGCCCACUCGAGCUGAGGAAGCUCCUGGACAGGUUGAAGGUCACCACCACCAUCACUGGCACUCCAGGAAGAUUGUGCAUGUGAAAAACAGUGACCCCUCUGUCCGGAGGACCAUCGUGCUGCACUGCAGGAGCCUGCGUAGUCUGGUGCUCUUCAUGGACGAGGUCUCUGAACUCAUGCAGUGUCUCAUCAGGAAGCUCUACACACUGGAAGGCCACAAGAUUGACAGUGUGCACAGUCUGCUCCAGUGCCCGAGCAUUUUGGUUUGUGUGGGACGUGAGCCUUUCCACCCACUCUUGUUGGACAGCUUCAGGAAUAACUCUUACGACAAACUUCCAAGGCUGAACACAAAGCCACGCUCUAGUGUCUGCAGCGAUGAAAAGUGGGCCAAGAAAAAUGUCAAUUUUGGACUUGAAACAAAAAGAAGCGUCAUCCAUCCAAGGUGUGAUUCAAGCAACAGAUCAGCAGGACUGUCCAUCUCAUCUGAAAAGUUGUUUCCAAAUGGACUUAACUCAUUACCACCAGGACACAGAGGUGCUUGUCCUCAAACGGGAGAAAACACGAUGGAUGAUGACAUUGAAAAGCGAGUUCUGGUCAACAAAGACGGAAGCCUGUCAAUGGAGAUGAAAGUGCGCUUUCGACUAUUACACAACGAGACAUUGCACUGGUCCACAGAAGUGAAGAAGUCAAAGAGCACUUUUAAUGAAUCCCAUAUUGUACCUGAUGAUGCUUGUUCCCUCUCGCAUGGCAGUGCAGAGAGCUGCCAUGCUGGCGAAGCAGAUGAGACAUACAGCACCAAACGUUACCAGAGACACUUUGAGGAGCCACAUUGCCAGCACUGCUGCACUCACUGUCAGGAGUAUGAUAUCUGGAAGAACACUGUACCUCCCGAUCAAGGAUCUGUUAGACGCAUCAGAUCCUCAAGCUCCAGCGCAUCCUCGCGGAGAAUAGUGUGCAAAAAGGCAUCUACCGACAGCAUGCGCACAAUGACCAGUGAAGAGUACACAGAGCAUGUAGUAGAAAAGGCAACUUGCAUUCAACAGACCUUCGGACAGCAGGGCGACACCACGAUUGAACAAUGUACCAUCAACCAUUGCCACAGUCGAAGUGAAGUACGCUCAAUGUCCCCUAAAACAAAGAGCACAAGUACUGUAGAAGACAAGCGUGAGAACACUCAUGUAUCUGAAAAUUACGAGAAAAGACCUGAUGUCAUAUCCUCUAACCUCCCUAAAGAUCAAUUAAGUGUUCAGAUCACUCAGCCAGUGGAGGAAGAGGAGAGGCCUGUAUCUGUUGUGAGCUCUUCUUCUCAAAUUUUAGCAUCGCUGAAAGAGGAUCAAGAUGAUGAAGAUGUCGACCUUCCUCCGAGUAUCUCGAGAACAUCCCAUGGCCAACAGGAAGACGAGGAGAGCAAAGUUGCAGAACCAAACCCAUGUUCUACUACACCCUGUAAAUCUCCUGCAUCUCCGGCAUAUUUGUCACCAAGACCACCAAGCACAGCUUCAUCUUUAGGAUGGUCUAAAAGAUCCAGAAAGUUGGCCAGUCCAGAAGUGGAUGAUGAAGAGGGCAGGUUUGAAGCAUCUGCUUCACCCAAAGCUUCAUCUGGACCCAAAAAUUGUAAAUGUGUAGUCACAAAAGACAUAGCAACUAUAGGGGAUUCUGAAUCAAAUGAUCAACUAGAAGACAUUCAACCCAAAACGUAUGUGCAAGAUGAAGAAAAAGAAGAAAGGGCACUAAGUUCAAUGUCAGCCAAAUCAAAAACGUCUACAAAUUAAUUGUCUGAGUUAUCAGCCUCUUAUGAUAAUGAAAAUGGUGCUGAGUGUAUUGGAGCAAAUGGCGAAAUUAUAGAGGAGCGAUCCUCGAGUGCUAUCUCCAUAAAAUCCAUCACCUCUGGAAAAUCAAAUAAAACAAAUGUUUCAGAGGUACUUGAAAAGGAUGGAAGAGCACCCAGUGCCAUGUCAAUAAAGUCUCAGAAAUCUGACAAAUCAAGACAAACCGAAUUCUCACACAAUGUGUCUGAGGAACAAAUCUCUGAAGUAAGAACAUCAAGUGCCAUGUCUGUUAAAUCAAAUACAUCUGUGAGGUCAAACGCAUCAGAUAUUGGCUUUGAUGAGCUUCCCACAUUACAAGACAAUGUUGAGGAGAGGGCUGUAAGUGCUGUGUCAUCUAAAUCAAAUAUUUCCACUACAUCUAGUCGGUCUAAAGAGCCACAGUCUGUACCUGAUGGGGCAUCAGAGGAGAGAAUAGAAGAGAAAGCUUCAAGUGUUAAAUCUGGAACAUCAAACAAGUCUGGAAUCCAAGAGGUGACAAAUGAUGAUCAAACAGUGGAGAGGGCUCCCAGCUCCAUUUCGAUAAAAUCAAAUAUUUCUGCAAGAUCUAAAAUGUCAAUUGAGCUGAGCGAACUUGAAGAUCAAGACAGGGCCCCCAGGAGCAUUUCUAUUAAAUCAAAUGUCUCACAUAAAUCAAAGUCUGACAUUUCAGAAGCAGUAUCUUUUCAAGAAAGAGAUGAAUCUUUAAAUUCAGUGAAAUUAAACACACCUGAAACUGAAGCAGCUCCUCAAGUGGGGCUACCAGGGGAGAGAUCGCCAAGCUCUGUGUCAUCAAAAUCAAAUAUGUCUACAAGAUCCAAAACAUCCAAAAAAUCUGAGGUAGACCAAGAUGGAGCACAGGAAAAAGAAGAUGUUCAGGAAAGAGCAUCAAGUGCUAUUUCAGUGAAUUCUACCACAUCUGCAAGAUCAAGGAAAUCUGAAACAACACCAAAAUUAGGGGAAGAAACAAAGGAACGAGCUCCUAGUGUUACGUCAAUCAAAUCAAAUGCUUCAUUAAAAUCAAAUAAGUCCAAGAUGGAGGAGGAGGAAAUAGAAAACAGAGCCUCCAGUGCUUUGUCUGUUAAAUCUGAAGUUUCCACAUUAUCAAAAAAAUCUAAUGUUUCUGUAAGAUCUAAAGGGUCCAAAAUGUCAGAGGUGGCAGGAGAUGAUAAUCAAUCAUCCGCAGUAUAUGCAGCAUCACAUACAUCUGAAACGUCAAAUGAAAUCAGCACAGCACCUAAAGAAACCUGCAAAAGCACAGAGAAAUGGCCAGACAAAGAGAAAAGAGCACCAAGUGCAUUGUCAACAAAAUCCACUAACUCCAAGAAAUCCAAAGUAUCUGAUAUGGCUGAUGAUAUUGUAGCUGAAGAUAGAGAUGAUUUGCGAUCUGUAAGUGCAAUGUCCUCUAAAUCUAAUGUUUCUGCAAAAUCUGUGAAAUCAGUGAUCUCAGAAUUGGUCACAGAAGAAGCACUGGACCAAACAGAAGAACGGGCUCAGAGUGCAUUGGCAGCACAAUCCAAUCAGUCAGGAGUGACGGUAAGUGAUGGAGUUCAAGUUGCAGAGGAACGGGCGCUGAGUGCCAUGUCUUCUAAAUCAAAUGCCUCUGAAAGAUUAAAAAAGUCCAGUAAUUUAAAAGUGCCAACUGCUUUGCCUCAAGCAGCAAAACACCAAACAGAGGAGCGAGCUCAGAGUGCAUUGUCAGCUAGAUCAAGCAUUUCAACAAGAUCCAGUAAGUCUAAAAUUUCAGAUGUUUUAACUGAUAUGCAAGUUGAUGUGAAAGACCAAAAAGAAGAGAGAGCUUCAAGUGCUUUGUCUGCAAAAUCAAGCAUUUCUGCAAAGUCAAAAAACUCAAAUGUUUCUGCAACAGACGUCAAAGCUGAUGACAAAGAAAAAGGAGACAGAAUACCAAGUGCUAUGUCAGGAAGAUCUGCUAUUUCUACCAAAACCAGUAUCUCUGCAAAAUCCAAAGCAUCACAAGUUUCAGAAGUACCGCCAGAAGAGACUGAUGAUGAAGAAAGUGAAGUAAAAGCACCAAGUAUUACUAAAUCCAGUAUUUCAGUAAGGUCCAAUAAGUCAAAUCAUUCAGACUUUAGUGCUGAAGAAGGGGUUCAGAACAUAGAGAGACCUCCAAGUGCAAUUUCAAUAAUAUCUGAUGCCACACCUGAUGAAAAUGAAAUCACAAAUGAUGAUGAAAUCCAAGAAAGGGCUCCAAGUGCUGUGUCUGCAAAAUCACAUUCCUCUGUAAGGAACUUGGCACCAAGUUCUAGGUCAUUGAAAUCUGAUGCCUCUGGAAGAUCUGGUCCAGGUGACCCUGUCAACAAAGAAAAAGAAGCAAGAACAGAAAGUGGUUUGUCCUCAAUUUCUGUAAGAUCAAAGAAGUCAGAAGAUUCUGAGAUAAUCAGCAAUGUAGAGCAGAGAGCAUCAAGUACAGCGUCAGUUACAUCUAAAACAUCUGCAAGAUCUAAAAGGUCAACUAUUUCAGUAGUUGCUCCUAAAGAAAUUGGAAAAACAGAUACUGAAGAUGUUCGAGCAUCAAGUGCAAUGUCUGCAAAAUCUUGUACAUCUGAGAAAUCAAAAUGUUCAGAAAGAACAGUUGAGAAGGAUGAAGAAGCAAGUAAAGUGGUAGACAGAACAACCAGCUCUUUGUCUUCAAAAUCAAAUCAAUCCAUAGCAUCUGAUGCCACUGUUAAAUCAAGUGUUGUGCCUACUAAAUCAAAUGCUUCUGCAAAAUCCCUCCUCUCAGAAGCUGAAGAGCCUGACAGAAGAUCCACAAGUGUGGUUUCUAAUGCAUCUGCAGAUUCUAAAAUGUCUGAAGCAGGUGUGAACACAAAAGCAAACCGUUCACCGAGUAAAUUGUCACUUAAAUCCAAUGUAUCUACAAGAUCCAAGAAGUCUAAAAUUUCUGAAGGUGAGGACCAUACACCCACAAACACAGAAGAUAGGGAAUUAAACAGAGAUGAGAGUCCAUUGUCCAAUCACUCAGAAGUAUCUCAAGCAGAGAACUCAAAUGAAUGCAUUUGUGGUGCAAUAAACAAGCCAUCAAGUCCAGUGGCAUCAUCUGAAAAAGACUCCGACCAUGAAGAGGUACCUGCAAGUCCUCUGUCUAAAAAGUCAGCAAAGUCCAAAAUUAGUUAAGUUGGUUCCGCCUCUGAAAGAGUUUUAACACCAACAAGCACCUCAGUUUCUAUUGGGGUAGUUGAAGACCAUGAGGCUGAUGAUGUUUCAGUUAACUCAAGAAUAUCUGCUUCAUCAAAGACUGAAAUAUGUGGUAAAUCUGACCAGGGUUCAUCAGAAUCUCCAGUACAAAUCACAAAUGAAGCAACACCGACACCAGAGGGAAGACCUAAAAGUUCUACAUCAGCUAAUUCAAAUGUCUCUCGUAAAUUGAGGUCCAAAAGCUCUCAUUGCGGUUCUGCAUGUCCUACAGACAUAAUCCAGGACAGAUGAUGUAGCAAUGUAGCAAGCAAUAAAUCCUCCAAAAUAAAGUAUUCAAUAAUUUCAUCUGAUAGCCAACCAUCUGCCAACAGUUCAGUGAAACAGAGCUCUCAAACCCAGAAGAUUCGUCCAUCUAGCAAAGCUGAAAUCACAGGUCAAGAGAAAGCUGAAAGUCCAGAUGUUACCCAUAAAUCUCAAAGUGUCUGUUCAAAAUGCAGUUCUACACAACAAAAAGGAAAAAUGUCACCUGCUUCGAGUGCCUCAGCAAUCUCAGACUCUGAGAAAUCCAAAACUAAAGAAGGAAAUACUGCAGAAAUGACUGACAGACCAAAGAGCAAUAUAUCCAAUUCAUCCUCUCAUUUGAAAGUAAAUGGUCAAAAUAAUUUUGAAACUACAGUUGUCAAUGAAAGAAGCAAUAAAUCAAACACCAUGUUAACACAGAAAGUUGAGGACAAUGCAACCAGGUUAUCUGUUACCUCAGGAAACCAUCUAAGUCCUAGCCCACCAAAAUCUCCUAAAAAAUCCAAAAAACCUGUUAUUCUACUUGGCAGCUCUAAUGAUAGUGUGUUAUCGCAGACAGUUCCUGCUCCAGAACCAAGAGAAGAAUAUACUGACCAUUUGAAUGCUGCAGCAGAAAGACCUCAGUCUUGUAGAUCUGAUACAAAUGUCAGUGAAAUUAAGAGUGAAAAAAGUAGCAAAUGUAGAAAAAGAAUUGGAAGCGACUCUUCUUGCCACAAGAUGGAUGAUGACAUGUCUGAGCUGAGUCCUUCUUGCUUGCCAAAUGCUUCUCCAACUGAGGUGGUGAAUGAAUGGCUGAGGAAAAUCCCAUCAGACACCACCUUGUGUGAUUUGGGGGACGAAUUCCAUGACAAUCAUGUUUCAAUAGAGCCGCUUUGCACAUCUCAUGUGCCUUCAGGAGUUGAUAAUGAGCAUGGAAGUUUGCAGCCAAGUGAUGUUACCAAGCUUGAAACACAAAAUGAGAUGGAAGGUGCUCAUGUGGUGAAUACAGAAGGUGCUACGGACAAAAAAUCUCCUGAAGUUGCUGAGGGUGAUCGCUCUCAGAGAGGGGAUGAACCAAAGAUGUUUAGUUCCUCAGUUCUGGUGAUGAAAGUCUUGCUGAGCCCCAAACUCGACCGAUGCAAUAGCCUACCAGAGGUAUCUCCUGUAUAUGGACGUAAGCUCAGUGCAUCAGUGCAAGGUCUUCUGGAUUGUUUGGCAAAUCUUCAGCUGUUAGACUUUGGUCCUAGUGAUGAAGAUGGUAAAAAAGAAAAAUACCAGGAGUUCAUGAGCAUGCUUAAGUCCCUUUGGCUUUGUGACCCAAAAGACAAUGAGAAGACAUCUGUGGAAAGAAACAAGCAUCUGGAUGAGGAAUUCAAAGCCAGGUCAUCCUCAGGAGUCGAUGUUAACAGUGGCUCAACCGGUUCAGGGAAAAGUAGCAUAAAUGAUGGCAUCCAAGCCCAAAUCAACACAGAAUGUGAAGGCUUGGAUACCCUGACAAAGGUACUAGAAGUUGAUGAAACAGUGGAAGGGGAAGCUUCAGAAACAAAAUACGAUUCAGCCACUCCAGAUAUAGCAAGUCAAGCUCAGUGGACCCCAGAGACAAAGGGCACAAUUGAAGUGAAGCUAAAAGAUGAUGUCCCAGGCUCUGAAGAGACAAUCAGGAGUAAUGAUAGUCCAAGGGAACUCAUUGAAACACCUCUUUCAUCAAACAAGAGUUCUGGGAAUAAUCCCAAAAAAGAGGAAACUGAAUCAGACCGUCAAGAGGACACAAGUUCAGGCAGCGCUCCAAAACAACAAAAAGGUCAAUUAUCAAAAAGGCUUUCUCAAGACCCUGAUCCUGUAUGGGUUCUGAAUUUAUUGAACAAAUUAGAAAAGCAAUUUAUGACACAUUAUAUUAAUGCAAUGGCUGAGUUCAAAGUCCGUUGGAAUCUGGAUGACAAUGAGCAACUUGAUGCCAUGAUAUGCGAAUUGCAAGAUGAAGUCCGCAGACGGAUACAAUCAAGUAUAGACAGGGAGCUAAGGAAAAUCCAAGGCAGAGCUGGAAGACCAAGACCACCAAAAGACACAAUGUCACGUGAAUCUACCAUUCAAACAGUGCAAAGGCGGCGACGUCUGAAAGUGAUGUGCAACCAAUCAAUUGAUCCACAACCUGCUAAAAGUGACGAUGAUUACACAAUGACAGGGACCGACUUCAGCGAUCAACGUAGCGAUGAUGAAUAUUGUCCUUGUGACACAUGCUUGAAAAAGAAAAUGGUAUCCAAGCAUGUGUUACCUGUGGAAAUGUUUAAUUCAGCCCCUGUGAUGAAAGACUUUGAUUUAAGGAGAAUUCUCCAGAUGAAGAAAUCGUCUCCAACCAAUGAAAAGAUCGAAGAGACUGCCAAUGAAGAAGCAAGUGAGAUGGAAGUAGAAAAUGCAGGGCUUAAGGCUGUCAAAGAGGAGGAUGAGAAAGAGGGGGCAGAUAAAGAAAUACUUGCUUCCAGUGCUCAAGAAAUUGAAGAUGAAAAACAAGAAAGUGAGGAGGGUGAAGAGGAUGACAGUGCCUCCAGCAAUUAUGUAGAAGAUAGUUCCGAGAAACAAUCAAAUAUACCCAGACAUUUAAAGAAAGAUGUGAAUGAAGUUGGGGAAAUUGCUGAGAUGUCUGUUAACACAAUGAUGAUGCAACAAGAUGAAGAGCAAGAAGAGAAUAUUGAGAUUGAUUCUGAUUUAACGGCUGUCAAAGAAAGUGCAAGCAGUUCUAAGAUUAAUGAAUUAGAUGAAGACGUGGCAAAUGAGGACAUUAGUGAAUUUGAUGACAUAAUGCAAACUGAAGCAGCAAAGGAGGAAGCAACUGAAGAACACACUGAGGAAGGAUCAGAACAACAGGACAAGACAGCUGAUGAUGAAACUGCAGAAGAAGGGCAAACUGCAAAAACAGAAUCUGUUGAAGAGCGUGAGACCACUGGCGAAGAGACUUCAGAGGAUGGGCAGACUGCUGAAGCAGUAUCUGUUGGAGAGGAUGACAUAGCUGGUUGUGACACUGCAGAAGAAGGUGAGACAGUUGAGCGUGAAAAAGCAGAAGAUGGACAAACUGCUGAAGCUAAAACUUCAAGAGAUGGUGAGGCAGCAGAAGAUGAGUCUGCAGAAGCGGGUGAAACAGCUGAAGAUAAAGCUUCAGAAGAUGGACAAAUUUCAGAUGAAGAAACCACUGCAGAAAAUGGACACAUUUCUGAAGGUGAAACUGGAGAAGACGGCGAGACAGGUAAUGGCGACACUGCAGAAGAGCAUGAGACGGCUGAAAGUGAAACUGCAGAAGAGGGACAAACAGCUGAAGAUGAAACUGGCGAAGAAGGUGAGACAGUUAAUGAUGACACUGAAGAAGAGCAUGGGAUGGCUGAAAAUGAAACUGUAGAAGAAAGACAAACUGCUGAAGAUGAAACUGGAGAAGAAGGUGAGACAAUAAACAACGACACUACUGAAGAGCAUGAGACAGCUGAAAGUGAAACUACAGAAGAUGGAAAAACUGAUGAAGAUAAAACUGCAGAAGAAGGUGAGACAGCUAAAGAUCAAACUUCAGAAGUUGGACGAACUGCUGAAGCAGAAACUGUUGGAGAAGAUGAAAUAAGUGAAGAUGAAACUGCAGGGGAGAGUGAGGCAUUAGCUGAAAGCAAAUCUGUAGAAGGAGAGACUGCUGAAACUGAAACUGUGGAAGAGAGCAAUAUUGGUGAUGAUGAAACUGAAGAAAAGGGUGAGACAGCUGAUGGCAACACUGUAGAAGGGCAUGUGACGGCUGAGAAUGAAUCUGUAGAAGAUGGGGAAGCUGAAACUGCAAGAGAGAGUGAUACAGAUGAUGAGGACAAUGCAAAAGAGAGUGAGACAGCUGAAGAUGAAAUGGCAGAAAAUGGCCAAACUGCUGAAGUUGAAGCUGCAAGAGAGGGUGAGACAGAUGGUGAUGAACCAGCAGAAGAUGAGCAAAAUGCUGAAGCUGAUGCAGGUGGGGAACAUACGGCUGAUAAUGAAGCUGUAGAUGAUGAGCAAACUGCUGAAGCUGAAAGUGAUGAAGAGAGUGAGACAGCUGAAUAUGAAACAGAAGCAGAGAGAGAUACUGCGGACGGGACAUCGUUUGAAGAAAGAGGAACUGAUGUAAAAAGAGCUGAUGAAGAUGAAGACAACACAGAUGAUGUAGGAACUGCAGGAGUUGUGUCAGCUGAUGAAAAAGGAACUUCUGAAGCAGAAACAGCAGAUGAGGCGACCUCUGAAGCUGAAACUGAGAUGUCUGAAGAGAAAGCUGCUGUUGAAGAUGGCAACACGGCAGAAGACAAAAAUGCUGUGGUAGAGCUGACAGAGCAAACUCCUGAUCAUGAGACGACUGGAGAAGAGACAGACAACAGUCAAUCAAACGAUGAGGAAGACAAGGAAACUGUCAGUUGUGAAGCAGCAAAGGAGGAAGGUGUUCUUUCUAACUUUGAAGACACUGAGAGUCAUGAUGUUUUAACUAAUCUUGAGGUAAUUGAAGAUGAAACACCCCUUAAGAACAAGGAUGACAUUGUUCUAGAUAGUGUUGAUGAUAAAGGUGAAGAAAGUGGAAAAGAAGAUGAUGAGGUGGAGAUAAUGGCAAAUAAAGCUGGUUAUGUGGCCAACACUGGUGAAUCAGCUGAAGCUGGUGAUGAAGCUGAGGAUGACACAGAGCCAGACAUGGAGAGAAAUGAAGGGGAGCAUAAUAGGAACAGGCUAGGUUUACACCCUCUGUUACAGCCAAAACCAAAAGAUGACAAACCAGAUGGGGCGACUUCAUUUAAUGUUUUGGUAAAGCACAACUCGGAGUCUGAAGAUGGUGCCGAUGCUGACGGAGAAGACUCAGAAACAGAAGAACACAACCAAGUCAUAGAUUUGAGUUCUGAGUCAGAGAUCAAGCCACAGAGGAAAACUGCACAUAAAACCUUCAAGAUGCUCGUUCACACUCUGAAUUUCCUCAAACUCUCAGCCGCUGGACAACCAAAGAGCAGGGAAGAGAAUAAUGAACAUGAAGUUGAAGACGAAGAGACUCCAGAGGAUGGGAGUGAUGAUGCAGAAGAGAGUUCCUGUGUGGAGAAAGACGAGGUUGAAGAGAACAGAAAGGAGAAGGGCAAACUCUCAGAUAUUACAGAGGAUACAUCAGAAGAUGAGGAGGACCAGACAAAUGAGACUAAUGAUGAUUCAGAGGUUCAUAAAUGGGAAUCAUCUGACAAUUCCUUGCAAAAGCAGAUAACAAAGUCAUCCCUGGAAUCUCAGUCAGGUUCCUUUGAUGAAGUUCAUGAGGAACAGGCAAAAAAUCAGAAAGGUUUAAAUCAUCUGAAAGCCAAUAGAAUCCUUCCUCAACAUCAAAGACAAUAACCAAAGAUACUCUUUAGCAUGUGAAAAUGGUUCCAGAGGGGUUAUUUCUCUAUUAUACUUAGACCUUAUAAUAAUUAUCCUAUACACCUAAAUUGAGUUUUUUAAUAGCCCUUUGGAUUCCUUAUUUUAUUUACCAAAGAGUAACAUAUAAUGCACUUUACUUAUUAUUAAUUUAUUAUGAUUCCAUUAUAUAUGCAGAUUAUAUAUAUGCAAAAGCACAGCAUUACUGCUCAGGUAUUGUAAAUAGGGAAUUGUUAAAACUUGAAGCUCUUCUAACUUAAUGGAAGGAAAUUUGUUUAGAAUUUUAGUAAAUUUAUGUCAAAACAACAUAUUUAAUUGCAGUUAUUUAUAUAAUUCAACCAGUUGUAAGCCUUAGCCAUGCGAGGGACUUUUGACAAAGGCUUAAUAAUGUAUCAUAGUUACUGUAUAUGUAUGUGCUGCUAUACAAAUGUUCCUUUAUUGAAAUACAGUGUAAAUGGAAAAUCACACAUCAUAGUGACAUGCAAUGGAAAUCAGGGGGCAUAAACUGUGUGUACGAGUGCAUGAGAAUGAAUGUGUAUUGAACAUAUUUCAAUCUGAAUGUUUCAUUGUAGCAAUAUGAAUUAAUAAUCUAAUUUACUUGUAGGUUGCUUGUGGGAGAGCAUACCUUUAAAAAAAAACAUAAAAUAAAUUUUUUUUAUCCCUGCUAAAACACAUAAGAGAUGUCCAUUCCAUAUGACUUAGUCAGAAUAUGUACAUAAAUGCUUACUUUUAAAGUAGGUGCAUUGAAUGCAGAUGUACAGGAUUGACAUCACCAGAAAUCACCAAUAUACAGCAUAUUGUAUAUUAUAAGGAUUGAGGUGCACACAUUAAGCCAUGCCUUAGAUGUUUUGCCACAUAAAGAACUGCACAUCUAAUGGACUGUAAUGUCUAUGUUUUGAUCACACACAAAACUCUAAUGUGAAGCGAUGCAGAUGCAAAUGUGGUUCCUUCAUUGCAGUUACUUUUCUGCUGGCCAAAUGGUUAACUUAAAUAUAAUAAAUUCCUUGUUACUUAAAUGUACUAAUUUCCUGCCUGAAAUAAAUAUAUUUAAGCUUAAAUUGUUAUUUUAUUUCAUUUUAUUAUUAUUUUUAUUUACUUUUCUUGUUGUUGGCUUGAGAAAUUAUUGAAAAAGCCUGAAAAAUUCCUAUAGUGCUUUUCAUGAGAGAUCCCUUUUUAAAUAUGACUAGUCUGCUCAAAUGCAUUAAUCAGGUUUUAAAAAAUUGUCCAUUUGUGUUGGCCUUUUGUUUUGUAUGCUACUGUCUGUCUAGAAAGCAAAUUAAUCCCAGUGAUCUGAU